AUGUCCACAAUUGCAAAGAGAGAUUUGAGUUCUAAUGAGGAGGAGAAUGAGCUGAGAAGAGGACCUUGGACUCUUGAAGAAGACAGCCUACUCAUUCACUAUAUUGCUCGUCAUGGAGAAGGUCGAUGGAAUAUGUUGGCAAAGAGUGCAGGAUUGAAGAGGACUGGAAAAAGCUGCAGACUCAGAUGGCUGAAUUAUUUGAAACCAGACAUUAAGAGAGGGAACCUCACUCCACAGGAGCAACUCUUGAUCCUUGAACUCCAUUCCAAGUGGGGUAACAGGUGGUCAAAAAUUGCUCAGCAUCUGCCAGGAAGAACAGACAAUGAGAUCAAGAAUUAUUGGAGAACAAGGGUACAGAAGCAGGCACGCCAACUUAACAUUGAGUCUGGAAGCAAGAGAUUCAUUGAUGCUGUCAAGUGUUUUUGGAUGCCAAGGUUGCUCCAAAAGAUGGAACAGAACAAUUCUCCAAGCCCUCACUCUUCCAUGACAAACAUGGUGAAUUUAGGGAAUUCUGGAGAAGCUUCUAUGAGUUCAAUGUCAAGCAACUUCAAUAUUCCCUCUAUGUCUUCAUCAUCUCCUCCAGAGAGGGAAUUCAUUAUGGAUGGUGCAAAUCAUUUUAGUACCAUGUCCAACCCCAUCAAUCCAUCCCCAGAUUCCUACCCAUUUUCACAACUACUUGAAAUUUCUGAACACCCCAAAAGUCCUCUCAAUGUGCUUGAGAACAACGUUUACAGUUAUCCAAUCCAGGACAAUUGCUGUGCUUUUACCAGUAACUAUGGCAUGGAAGGACUAAACAUGGAUCCCCUUUCAGCCAUGGGAACUUAUGACUUCCCACAGUUUGAUUUUCAGACUGCAGGGAAUGGAUGGAUGUUAGACAGCGUGGAGGAUACUACUUUAUGGAACAUGGAUGCUAUGUGA